CCGUGGACGGCUUCGGUUGGAGCCAAGGCUCCGCUGCAAAAAGCGUGGGUGAAAAUUAGUAACAUCCCACUUGACAAGAGAUGUGAGACAAAUGUGUUCUAUGCUGGUGGUCUUGUUGGUGUAUCCCUGGACCUCGAUGCUUCCACUCUACAUAAACCUGAAUAUGUUAAAGUGCUGAUUGGUUGCAGAGACAUUGACAUGAUUCCCUCAAAUGCUGAAGGCUGCCUUGGUGAUAAUUUCUAUGAUUUCUACUAUGAGGUGGAUAAAAAAUUGUUGUUGGCAAACUUUCUGGUGAGGCCAAUACUGUAGCUGUUGGUAACUCGGGUGCUCCUUCCCCGAAAAGACAAAGGGUCGAGUAAAGCAACAUUGUCACUAAGGAAAACUCUGAGUCUCAACUCGUUAGUAGCCAAACUGAGUCGGUGCAGCAGUCCCGUCAUAGAGAGAAUAUGACCAUCACUGAUGUCACUGAAGAAAUCGACACUCAGGAGUCGGAGGAUGACAGUACGGGGGGAGAACUUCUUAUUGAAACCAUUGCUCGUGAACAUGCGGACGCUCAGCACGAAACUGGUACGUCUCCAAACAAAUGGCUUGUUCCCUGCCCCAUCCUUGACAUGAAUAAACCUGUGAUUUGUGAACCUGUUUCACCUAUGGCUGCUCCCCUCUCUUCCUUACGGUUGCCUUAUUCGCAAGCCCUUUCUGAUGUGACUUGGCCACCGCUCCCUGUGGUAACAGAUGUCUCUGAUUCCUCUUUUUCUUCUUUGGGAGACCCUCCAGGAUACCUGGUCCAAUCACCUAAUGUCUCUUUGGAGGACAACGUGGAGGAGGCGCACACGGAGUUGGACCCCAGAAUGAACAGCCGCAGAGCAUCGACAGACAUGAACUCAAACAUCAUGGAGAAGGUGGAGAUUGUAGCCAGGAAAAGGAGCUUAGAAGGUCUUCAGAAAGUGGAGGACAAGGAGUGCUUGGUCGGCGGCGCGGACAAGAUGGUGCAAGCGGCGGCUUUCGUCUACUCCAGGUCCAGGCGGCCAGCAACGACGCCCGGGCAGGGGCAGUUGCUGAUGAUCACAGGCGCCUGA